UUUGUAUUUAAACUCUUCCGGGUUGAAACCGCGCUCACACCGACGUAACCCAAAACAAAAACUCUUGCGUUCGGUCACUAUAUGAUUAAAUUUAAUGAUUAAUAAAGAAUCUGAUUAAUUUCAAUAUGGCGGGUUUACCACCGGGUGAUCCGCAGCUAGUGUCAAUGAUAGUCAAUCACUUAAAAACACAGGGACUCUUCGACCAGUUCAGGAGAGACUGCCUCGCAGAUGUCGACACUAAGCCAGCAUAUCUGAACCUGAAACAACGAGUGGACAACUUUGUCUCCAAUCACCUCUCCAACCAUACAUGGAGCCCCCAGUUGAACAAAAACCAGUUGCGGAACAACAUCAGGCAGCUGGUGUUGCAAUCCGGCAUGCUGGAGCAGGGUGUGGAUAGAAUCGUGGCCCAGGUGGUGGAUCCCAAAGUCAACCACAUCUUCAGGCCGCAAGUAGAGAAAGUGGUCGACCAAUUCGUGUCACCUGGCACCAGCAGCGAGGAGCCGCCGGGGCCGACGUCCUCGACGGAGACCCAAGUGGACGCUGUCAUUCCUCAGCAGGCCUCAACAUCUGUGCCGACAUCCACUGCUGCCACAGACGCCAUGUCCAUCCUGGACGCCAUUACCUCGCUUAACCAGGAGGCCAACAUCAGGUCCACCGAGAAGGGACGCAAAGCCCUUGACGAGCCCGUUGAGGACGGCGAGCAGGACAUGAGUCUGGAUGAGGAAGAAGACAGGAAGACGGAGGAGGAAGAGGCAGACCAAGCAAAUCUGGGGGAGGAGCUCCGGGAAUUAGAGGUAACGACAGUCGACGCUCCGGACCAGAUGGACAUUGGGAAGGAAAUCUCCCCGGAGGAAAUAAACAUGCAGGAGGAAGAGCCACGAGGGGAAGACCAGGCUGAGGAGAAACUGAAAGUGGGUGUUAAAACAAGUGGGAAACCUUCAGAGGAGAAACAGGAGGAAGAAAACUACCAGGCCAAGCAGAAAGCCAAAGAGAGGAUAAAAGAAGAGUAUUCUUUGGAGGACUCUGAUUUGGACGGCCUGAGUGACAUCACUGUGAGUUCCGUGCACACCAGUGACCUGUCAUCAUUUGAAGGGGAGAGCGAAGACGAAGAGCCGUUGUCUGAUUCCUCUGAGGAGGGCGAGCGUGCACCAGAUGGUGAAAACUUAGACAAGAGAGAAGCUGGUGAGGAGAUGGGAGAAGAAGGCAAAGAGAGUAAGCCUCGCCGCAAGGCCUACGUCCACAAGCCCUUUCUGUACUCCCGUUACUAUAGCGACUCUGAUGACGAGGUCACUGUCGAGGAAAGACGGAGAUCUGCGGCCAAGGACAAAGAAGAACGUCUGCUCAAAAGGCAGCAAAAUCGAGAGCGAAUGGAAGAGAAACGCAAGAUGAAAGCAGCACAGUCUGAAGAACAAGAUCAGAAAAAACAGAAGAGCAGCCUGUCGGCUGGGCUCAAAACACCCCGAGCCAAAGAAGCCCGUAAAGAGCGUAAAGUUCUGGAGAAAAAAGUGGCUCUCAGCAGAAUGAGGAAGCUCGACUCAAGGAAAGAAGAUGAGGUGACCAGCAAGAAAAAAGGAGAAGCAGGAGAAACAUCAAAGAAAUCAGAAGUAAAAUCAACACCAUUGCGCAGCCUACAUCAGAAGCUGGUGAGAAAUCAGUCCGAGUCUUCGGUGCCUGACGAGAGGCACCGAAUUACAAGCGGGAGUGGCGGCAUCUCGGAAGAUUUGGGUGACGCCAAGAAGCUCCCUGACAAAAGUCGCACGCACGCCUUCAUCUUGGACUUGGAGCUGGGCUCACAGGAGGCUCUCAGGCAGCGAUCCGUCGGGAAGUUUGACCGCCCGUCCCGCAAGGAGCGCAAGGAGAAGGAACGCUCGAUGUCUGAGGAGCUCCCCAAGCUCAAACUGAAGCAGGAGAAGAAAUCCGAAUUCCAGGUCAACGAAUCUCAGCAAAAGGAGAGCAUGACUGCCAGGACGUCCUCUGAUGAGAGAAGUGAGAAAAAGCCUAAAGUGAAAAAUGAGAAGAAAAUGACCAGUACAAAGGAACCGAAGACUUCUGCUCCCGAAGCUGAUGAGGCUUCAGCCAAGAGGAUGCGGGCUCUGUCUGUUGACAAAGACAAGAGUCGUGAGAAAGACAAGAUGAAAGAGAAAGAAAAGACAAAAGGGGCUAAAAUAGCCAAAAGUGAGUCAAAGCAAGCGCUCCAUCAUGAUUCUUCUGGCUCCUCUGAGGAUCGGCCUGAGGUGGCACAAGGAGUGGACAGCGGUAAGAAGAAAGAGAAACACGGCAAAGACAUCCUGAAAAGGUCCAAGAGCCACAGUGAGGACAAACCCAAACUAAAAACGGAAAACAAAGAAAAGACAAAAGCAGAGCAACCCAACAAGACUCUCGCCGACAGCGACAAAUCCCCAAAGAGAGUCAAACAAGCAGAGAAAGGAAAACCCAUGGAAAAAUCCAAACCCAGAGAGGAACUCAAGUCCCACACGGCAUCCAAGACGGACAAAAAAACUCACAGUUUGGACAUUCGUGGGGCCUCGGGUGCCAGCAAACCUGAGAAGGAAAAGAAGAAGGAGGGCCCUGUGAAGGAGCAGAGGAGAAGCUCUGAAGAGGCUGUUGUCAAGAGCGCAAAGAAAAAAGCGGACAAGAAAGAGAAGAAAGAGGAGAACCACGAGGGGAAGAAAGCACCCACAGAAGACAAGGUUGACAAGUCAGACAUGUCUGUUUCCACGGAGGCCGAGGAGACGCCAAUGCAAGCGACACUCGCCGAAUCGGCCAUCGUCUCCUCUGACGGCGCUUGCGAACCUUUCAGCGACAUCGCCCCCGAAGCGGAGACGCCAGUGCAGGAAAUGCCCGUCGUGCCACCGGAGGCCGACGCUCUGCUGACGCUGAUGGACGUGUGCACCUCGGCCAUGGAUGCCAGGCUGCACGCGGCGGUCGGCGGCGAGCACGGCCAACUGCAGGCGACCCUGCAGGACGCCGACAUGAAGAUGAAAGAGGCGGCCCUCACGCUGCUCUCCAUGGACCCCGACAGCGCUUUGUCUUCUGCCUUCAUGAGUCACGGACUAAAAGAGGAGACGGAGGAGCCGAUGCCCAAGGAGAACAAGCAGAACCCACAAGAAGAGGCUUCUGACUUUGUGUACCAGACUGUGAAGGAUGAGGGUGACAAAUUGAACAGUGAAGAAAAAUCUGAAAUGGAUGCAGCAAGUGACAAACCCCCCUUGCUGCCUGCUGUCCAGGAGAAAGACUCCAAGCCACAAGACCUUUCUUCGAAUGAAAAGACUCAAACUGGAGAGAAAGCUGUCGACUCAGCGCUAGCUGAAAAUGAGGCAGCACCUUCUGAUGAACAUGACGCUCCAGUUGCUGAUGACGGCACAGGAAACGUGGAGGGGAAUGUUGCUGUGCAUUCUUGUGAGGCAGCUACUCUAGAGCAUGUUGACAGUCCACAAGUGCAAACCGCGUCAGAUGUCGUCGACACGCUGACACGGGCCAAUGCAGACGAGAUAUUAGCCAUGAAGCAGAUGGACGUCGGUAAGGCUGCAUCAGGCAAACUGGAUCUGCAAAAACAGGAAGAGGAGGAGCAUGGUGCACAAACUGUGGAACUCUGCUUUCCAACUGGAGUGGUCACAGAACCCAAGAGUGGAACAGAAAUGGCCAAACAAGAAAGUGAGAGCUCAGACAUCCGUGAGCCUGAGAAGAACUCUGAGGUGUCCAAGAAGCAGGAAAGAGGACGAGGCAGACCGAAACGAAAGCUGUCAAAUCAGAAUGUUGCAGCAGUGAAUGAAUGCGUAGGUAGCGAUCAGGAUGCAAAAGAACCGUCACCUGAGGAAACUGAGCAGCCGAAGGUUGUGGAGGUGAAAACGCCGCGCAGGGGACGAUCGUCAAAAGCCGCGGAAGAAGUGGAGGAGGAGCCGCUGAAGCAAUUGGAGAAAAAGGAGCAGACGCCAGGUCGCAGAGGGAGACGUCCAGCAGCCAAGGGUAUCGCUGCUGAUCGGAUUGAAAUGAAGGCCUCAUUAUCAGAUGAACCCGCAGUGAAGAAGAAGAGAUCAGCGAAGAAUGGAGAAGUGGGAGAUGAAAUUAUCAAGAACACCAGUGAGGAGGCCAUGAAGGACACAAGUAAGGAGGCCACUGCAGAAACAAGUGGGGAGGACACAAAUGAGGCUCGGACCGGCACAAGUGCGGAGACCAUAAGUGAAGAAACCCUAAAGAGCACAAGUGAAGAGAUGAUGGAUGAGGCUGGAAAGGGCACAAGUGAGGAAGCUAUGCAAGUGACAGAUGAGCAGGCUUCAAAUGGUAAAAGUGAGGAAGCGACUACAAAUACGAGCGUGGAGACCAUCAAAGACACAAGUGAGGAAGCAGUAGAAGACUCUCAUGAGAAGGCGACCAAGGACUCAAAUGAGGAAGCCACAACCGAUGUUAGUGAAGAGAGAACAAAGGACACAAAUGAGGAAGCAUCUAAGGACACAAAUGAAAAGGCAUCUAAGGACACAAAUGAAAAGGCAUCUAAGGACACAAGUGAGGAGGCAUCUAAGGAUACCAGUGAGGAGGCAUCUAAGGAUACCAGUGAGGAGGCAUCUAAGGAUACCAGUGAGGAGGCAUCUAAGGAUACAAGUGAGGAGGCAUCUAAGGACAUAAGUGAGGAGGCAUACAAGGACCUGAUUGAGGAGGCAUCUAAAGACACAAGUGAGGAGGCAUCUAAGGGCACAAGUGAGAUGGCAUCUGAGAACACAAGUGAAGAGACAUCUAAGGACACAAGUGAGAUGGCAACUAUGGAAACAAAUGAGGAUGCCAUAAUGGAUGCUACUGACGAGUACACAAGUGAAGAGGGCAUCAAGGACACACACGAGGAGACAAUGAAGGACACAAUUUCUACCCCCAAAAACGAGGAGGCAAAGGUGGAGAGCGGCAGUGAGAAGAAACCCGACGUUGUACGUGGGCAGGUUGACGAGCAGCAAGGUUCCACUCCCAAGAAGCCGGCUCGGAGGGGAAGACCGCCCAAGGCCGCAAUGGCCUUAAAUGACUCAGAUAAAAAAGAGAAGACUGCAGCUGAAAAGGAGGCGGAGCAGAAUGACGAGGACGAGAUGGGUGGAGAGAAAGACCACGACGGCAAAGAAAAGAAAGGCCGAGCUACAACGCGCUUGGCAUCUCGUCUGGAAGCUGAAAGAAACAAGCCCAGCAAACCUUCCACGAGGGCCAGUCGACUGAGCGGCAAAGACGAGACUGCAGCUGCUGCGCGUGGAACCAGGAGCCCGGCAAACGGCACCAAGGGGGCCCGCAAACUGGAGGCCAGCCCUGCUGCUGUGCGAACGCGAGGAGGGCAGAAGCCAGAGGAGCCCCCGGCCAAACGAGGAAAACGCUGCUCUCACGUAAACAAUUAAAUUUAGACGCUUGCAUCUGUGCUUGGGGAGGGCAGGGCGCACAGCUCAGCAGA